GAGGGCAUCCGCGAGCGCACGUUCCCCGACGGGAAGAAGGAGGUCGAGUACAAGAACGGCACGCGCAAGGCCGUGUCGCCCGACGGCGCCGUCGAGGUUCGCUUCGCGAACGGCGACGUCAAGAGCGCGGACGCGGCGACGGGCCGCGUCGUCUACUACUACGCGUCGGCCCAGACGACGCACACGUCGGACCCGAAGCGCAACAUCGAGAUCUUCGAGUUCCCCAACGGCCAGGUCGAGAAGCACAACCAGGACGGCUCCAAGGACAUCACGUUCCCCGACGGCACGAAGAAGUUCGUCCACGCCAACGGCUCCUCCCGGACGCGCUUCCCGGAUGGAGUCGUGGUCGAG